GUUCCUGCUGAUCCUGAUGGAUGUUGUGUUUUAGCUUCGUGUUCUAGAUUAAUUUUUAUUUUAGUCGAAAAGUUAGGCGGCGAUUAUUCCGAUUUCUGGUCGCAUCCGUCGAUACCAUGGCAAGUAGUUCACAAAUCCCAUUGGCCCAACUUCAGCCUGUUUUCAAAGAAAUCGUGGAAAAUAUUUUCAAUCGAUGGACGGCGCUUCGGCUAGCGGUGGAACAUGGCAUGGGCGGACCACUCGGGUUAAAUACUGCAAUAGAAAUUAUCAACUACAUUACGUGCUAUUGCACGGAGAACAAACGAGUUGAUGCCUACGAUCUGCGGGAAGUCAUGGAGGAGAUAAUGGAUCAGGAAUUUGAAACCAUCUGCGAAGAUGAAUCCGUUAAAGAAAUUAGCGAACUUCUGAUCAAAUAUCUCAACCUUCUGAGAGAUAACAAAGAAGAGCAGGUCAGGUUGGAAUUGGCACGAAUGGGUCCGUGCGAAAUUUGGAUCAAGUCGGGCAAUCGGAUAAAGAUGCAAGCGAUGGAUGAUAGCAGCGGAACGGACGACGACAACGACGAUGAUGAUAUGGAUCAGGACAUGGAUAUGGAACCAACAGUGGCCCCAGCGGCGACGAGGUCCGCUAUGAAUCCCACCCCGAGCACACAGGGUUCGACGACAGAGUUCCUCGAGGAGGACGUGGAUCCAGGGUGGACUCAGGUUCGCGGCAGGAGGAGGAGAUAAAGAGCAAUACUGAACUGGGAGGAUAAUAAUAUGAGGCUGGAAAAACAA